CGCUUUUCAGUUCUCAUUCAGACGUUGAAGUCGACAACUAAAAGUGCCAAUUGCUUGAGCAAAAACGCCCGGCGGUAUCAUCAUCAAAAUUGUAUACUAUACACUAAUACUUGUAUAUACAAUAUAUCGACAAGAUGAAGUGGCCUUGCCUAUUACUUUUAUUGUCGCUCCUGGGAAUCUGCGGUGCCAAGACAAUUUCCGGCACCGACACUGCCAUUGAGCGAAAUCUGCUAAGUGCUGAGCUCUAUAAUGCUGUGGGCGGUGAGAAUGUUAACGAGAAUGUGGUGAUCUCGCCAGCUGCCAUCCAAUCCUCGAUGGCAUUGGCCUUUUAUGGCGCCAAGGGUCGCACAGCCAGUGAGCUGCAACAGGGCAUGCGGCUCGGUUCGGCCGAUGCUGAGGAGGUGGCGCGCCGUUUUGGCGAUUUUCAACAGUCGCUGACGCGAGACAACAGUCUGCGAUUGGCCAACAAUAUCUACAUCAAUGAGAAUCUGGAGUUCAAGGGUGCUUUCCGCGAUCUUGCCCAGCGUCAGUUUGACUCGAACAUCGAUAAGCUGGACUUCCAUCCACCGUACAAUAAGCGCACGGCUGAGAAUAUUAAUCGCAUUGUGGAGACCAAAACCAAUAACAAGAUCACCAACAUACUGAAGCCAGAGCUGCUCAAUGAUCGCACCGAAGCCGUCAUCGUGAAUGGCAUAGCAUUUGGGGCGCCCUGGCAGAAGGCUUUCAAGCUGGACAAGACCGCGAAACGAUCCUUCCGCACGGGCAAUGGCCAAUCCGUGCAAGUGGACACCAUGUGGACGCUGCAGAACUUCAACUACGCCGAGGUGCGCAGCCUAGACGCCAAGGUUGUGGAGCUGCCAUACCAGAAUGCCGAGUACUCCAUGCUGCUGGUGCUGCCCAAUCGCAAGGAUGGACUUCGUGCCCUGCAGCAGAGCCUGGUGGGAAAGAAUCUUUUGAGCGAGAUCGAUCGCGACAUGAGCGUGCAGAAGGUGGAGGUGCAGUUGCCCAAGUUCAGCGUGACCUUCGGCGUGAGCUUGGAACAGCCGUUCAAGCAGUUGGGCAUAUCUACCAUGUUCUCUCGCGAUGGCGACUUUGGAAACAUGUACCGCAUGUUCGUCAGCCAUUUCAUUAAUAGUGUGGAGCAUAAGGCCCAUGUGGAGGUUUCGGAGGCGGGCGUGGAACAGCCACUCGAGUCGGGCGUACUGAAGAGCCUUUUCUCGCGCUCAAAGAAAUUCGAGGCCGACCACCCGUUUGUGUUCGCCAUCAAAUUCCGGGACUCGAUUGUCUUUAUGGGUCACAUCGCGAACUAUGCUUAUGUCUGAGAGCUCAAAUGACAACUUUCAAGUGUUAAUUAAAUAUUUGUUGUUUGUUGAUUCUGUAAAUUAAUGCAAAAAUACAACAUAUAUUCCACCUUGGCGUGAA